CUGCAAGUGUUUAUGAUUCCAGGGCAUAUGCUCUGCCUUGCCCUCAUACGUGUGAUGGAGAUUUCUGCGCGGGACAGCGUGCAAGUGUUUGUGAUUCCAGGGCAUAUGCUCUGCCUUGCCCCAUAACGCCUCUCCAAUUAGAACGCCGACGACGGUUCGCACACGCAACCAACGCAGCUCCGAUCGCGUCGCGCUAUCGACCGUUGAAGUUAGGGAUUCCGUCCUCGUCCCCUCGCAUGUGAUGGACGAUGGACUCUCUGCAACACAGAGUGGAGACAUGGAUCAGAGACCAAAGGACGAGGAUCUCAAACCUAAACGUGACCUGGCCCCCUCAAUGGCGGGUGCCGGUGAGCUGGCCCUGGACUAACGGCAGGGAACAGAGGAAGCGAAUCAACCAGGAGUACGAGCGGAAGAAGAAGCAGCUUCAGAAUCUCUGCGGCGCUGUCAAGGCCGAAUCCCUCUCUGAUUUGCAAGACAUUCUCUGCUGCAUGGUGCUCUCCGAGUGCGUUUACAAGAGACCUGCUGCUGAGAUGGUUAGAGCAGUUAACAAAUUUAAGGCAGACUUUGGAGGACAAGUUAUUUAUUUAGAGCGGGUGCAGCCUUCUUCAGACCACGUUCCUCACAGGUAUCUGUUAGCAGAAGCGGGGGACACAUUAUUUGCUUCCUUCAUUGGGACUAAGCAGUACAAGGAUGUCAUGGCUGACGCAAACAUAUUUCAAGGUGCCAUAUUUCAUGAGGAUGCUGCAGAAGAUCUUUACGGUAUUGCGACUACUGAAUCUGUCACUGUUGACAGUCAAAAGAUAAGAGUCGAGAAUGUUUCAAAGUCCCUUGAAGCAAAGCCAAGGCAACCAAAAUCCAGCCCGAAACCUGCUGUUCAUCGGGGAUUUAUGGCUCGUGCUAAAGGUAUACCUGCAUUGGAGUUGUACAGGCUUGCUCAAAAAAAGAAACGGAAACUUGUGUUAUGUGGCCAUUCACUUGGUGGAGCAGUGGCGGCCUUGGCUACCCUUGCCAUUUUGAGGGUUAUUGCUGCUUCCUCGCCAUCAAAAGACUAUGGUAAAGUUCAAGUCAAGUGUAUCACAUUCUCUCAGCCUCCAGUUGGGAAUGCUGCUUUAAGAGAUUAUGUUAACAGAAAAGGUUGGCAGCAUUACUUUAAGACUUACUGUAUUCCCGAAGAUCUGGUUCCUCGAAUCCUCUCUCCUGCUUAUUUUCAUCAUUAUAAUGCACAGACCCCACCUAUCCCGGGUGAUGCCGGAGAUAGUGAUUUGUUGAUGUCAAAUGAAGGAUUGAGGAAACAAAAGGCCGAAAAACUAAAACAGAAUGAAGGGGAACAGCUGGUUCUAGGUUUAGGCCCUGUCCAGACUUCCUUCUGGAGACUUUCUAGGCUUGUCCCUUUAGAGGGUGUCAGAAGACAAUUCAAUAAAUACAAAUGGAAACAAGGUGACCCUGUUGAGGAAUCUUCUGUUGCUAAUUCUGCCCCAACAUCUUCACUCCAUGAUGUGGUAGCUGCACCACAGUCUCUUGAAAUUCAGGAAGGUUCUGAUGGAAUUUCUCUCGAACCAUUAGCUGAGAAAGAAAGAGGCUCCCAAGAUGAAGCAAAAGAUAGGAAGCCAUCUGGAAACAUCAAUGCCACUUUCAGUGAUAAUACUAAGGCGUGGCGUAGAGUGCCAAAUUUACCUUCUUACGUACCCUUUGGCCAGCUCUAUCUUUUGGGAAAUUCCUCAGUGGAGUCGCUAUCGGGUGCCGAGUAUUCAAAACUGACGUCGGUCAGAUCUGUGAUUACUGAAGUAAGGGAACGUUUUCAGUCACACUCAAUGAAGUCAUACAGGUCUAGAUUUCAAAGAAUCUAUGAAAUGUGCACGACAGACGAGACUUCAACCUUCCUGGGAGGGGAGCAACUGCAGCAAUUUCCUCAUUUGCAAAAGUGGCUAGGUGCUUCAGUGGCUGGUACUGUUGAGCUUGGGCCCAUAGUAGAGUCUCCAGCUAUUCGUGCAGCCACUUCCAUUGUUCCUCUUGGAUGGAGUGGUAUUCCGGGUGAGAAGAAUGGGGAAACUCUGAAAGUAGAUAUUACUGGCUUUGGAUUACAUCUUUGUACGCUGGUUCAAGCUCGUGUUAAUGGUAACUGGUGCUCAACUACAGUGGAGUCAUUUCCUUCAUCACCAACAUUGUCUUCGGAUGGUGGAGUAGAGCAAGAUAUACAAAAGAUCCGCGUUUCAGUUGGACCUCCGCUAAAACGGCCACCUCAAAAUUGGAUGGUGGCAGAUUCGUUUCUGCCUCAUUUUUCUUCUAUUGAUUCAAACUCUGUUGAUCUGAAAAUGGAACAGGAUGUUUGCACAUUUCAUCGUGGAAAAUUGCUCGCUCCUGAAGGGUUGAGUAAUUUUGUCAUCUUUUGUACUAGUGAUUUCUCUACCGUCUCGAAGGAGGUUCUUGUUCGAACCCGCAGGGUGCAAUUGGUUGGCCUAGAGGGUGCUGGCAAAACUUCUCUUCUCAAGGCAAUCUUGGGUCAAGGAGGACUUACUGCUACUAAUAUUGAAAAUUUGGAAAUGCAUGUUGAUAUUCAAGAAGGGAUCGGUGGCGGUUUGCUCUACUCAGAUUCAACAGGAGUAAAUUUGCAGGACCUUCAUAUGGAAGCAUCUCGUUUCAGGGAUGAACUUUGGAAGGGAAUCCACGAUCUUAGUAGAAAAACAGACUUGAUUGUUCUUGUGCAUAACCUGUCCCACAGCAUACCUCGAUGCAGUCUCUCAAAUGCAUCACAGCAGCAGCCAGCCCUCUCACUUCUGCUGGACGAAGCAAAGGUCCUUGGGAUCCCUUGGGUACUCGCCAUAACAAAUAAAUUCUCAGUUAGUGCACACCAGCAAAAAGCAGCAAUAAAUAAUGUUCUUCAGGCAUAUCAAGCAUCUCCAAGCACAACUGAAGUCAUCAAUUCUUGUCCGUAUGUUAUGCCCAGUGCUGCAAGUGCUCCUCUGUCUCAGGGAGUGGAAGAUGCAAAUUCCGAUGAGAGGAUGGGUCCUCAAAAGUUUAUUUUUGCUCCUUUAAAUCUUGUACGGAGGCCUUUCCAGAAGAAAACAAUCGUUUUCCCUGUAGAGGGUGUAAAUGCUCUGUGUCAGCUUGUCCAUCGUGUGCUUCAGAGCCAUGAGGAGGCUGCUAUGCAGGAGCUUGCAAGAGAAAAACUUCUGUUGGAAUUGACUCGAGAGCAUGCCAUGGCUGUAACUCGAGAUUCCCAGGCCAAGGAAACUUCUUUAUCUGCUGCAGCUAUGGGCGCUUCCGUUGGAGCGGGUCUUGGUGUUCUAUUAGCCGUUGUCUUGGGUGCAGCAUCUGCCCUACGGAAACCAUGAUAUCCUCAACAGUUUUGGUCCAGGGCGGUGUCAACUACAAAUCUUCCAGAUGUAUAAUUAGUCAGCUAAAAGGUGCUACAGCCUUCCUGUUAGUGUAUCUAUUAGUUUUCUAAUGUUAUGAGAUUUGAUAAUUUUUUAUCAGCAGCAAAUAACCUGCCAUUUAUUUAUUUUUGUUAAUAGUUAUUAAUCAAAGGCAAAGAAAACAUUGGUGUUUUACGGUUUUCGUAAUGCCUAUUUUGAUGUUUAUUCAUCUUUUCUGGUU